UGAUUGCAAUGAGAACAAAUAAAGAUAUGACGAGCGGGAGGGUUGUAGUGGUGGAGAGUCGUUUUCGUCUGGGUCUGUGAGAAACAUCGCAAUGAAUUUUCAGUCGGUCUUCGUCUUCGCUCUUUGUGAAUGCAGUUGGAGCAGCACAUGCGUUGUAUGAGUGAACAGCUGCACAACUGAUUCAGUUUAGGAAAAACAAAAACUCGUACUUAUCCUCGGAGGUACCGUACGGUUCGUUUCGCUAGUGUGCUCCCGAUUUCUGCUACAAGACAGAAAGAAUGAAGAAAGAAAAAAUGCACGCGAGCGUGUCGGAGGCGGCUCUGAAGAAGGCCAGUUUUGUCUCGGGCGCGUUGUCGGAGCAGCUGACGAAUCAGCGGAUCUGCCUGCAGCUGCAGCCCACGGGAACUAACGAGCGGUGUCGUGUGGUGCGAUGGGUGCACAACGAAGAGGGGUCUUCGUCCUCGUCGGGCGCUGCCACUGGGGGCGGCGACGGCGGUGGACUGCAGGUGGUGGGAAUGCGGAAAAAGCCGCUGGGCAUGGCCAUGAACCCGGACUUGGUCGUCGACUACGUCAGCGGCCAGGAUUUGGACAAAAACUGCCGGGAAGUGCAGGCGGGCAUCUUCUGGCACAAUGGCGACGCCGAGUACCACGACGACCAAAAACAAAAGUUUUUCCACCACGACCUCUUCCACGCCAGCGGCUACAAAAGCAAACGAAGACUGUCUUUGUUCUCCGGUAGAAAUAAAAACCACAGCCGAAGAACUGCUACCCGAAGGCGGGACAGCGACCCAACUGGAGACGGCAUGAACCUUUGCUUCGGGGCCCCCGCUGCAGGAGGCGCUGCGGGCUCGCCGUCAAACCCAAGGGGCUCGUCGUUGGGUGAAAAGAUGAGACAGCCUCUCUCGCCGAAGAUGCUGUUUUUGAAGAAGGCGCGAUCUUCCCGAUCGCUCACCGGGGGCAGGGCGCCGAAGCGGGACUGGGGAGAGCGCGAUCCAAUCGGGGAGCAACGGCGGAAGGAAAGGAUCGACAGCGGAAACUAUGACGCGAUCAAGGUGCCAAUCAGUCCAAGGAAGAAGCGUGGCGCGCACGAGGAUCCGGAGUUGGCCGGGCAGCAGGAACACACCGUCGGGUGGCCGUUGGAGGCGAGAGUGGACGACGAGACGAUUUACCCUCUACCAACUGGGGGCGUUCCUGGAGCUGCGCGGGCUGACCGUGGUGGUAGCUCAUCAUCUUCGAGCAAAGCGAAGCAGUCCUCGUCGCGGCCCAGAUCUGCUCCGGCAGGUGCGAAACUGCAUCGCGGUCCAUCAGCAGGCUCGCUGCGACGAAUCGCAAAAGAAGAAUACUGUGCACCAGGUCGACACGACAGCGCGCAACAAUUUUCGGCAGAGAACGCAGGUACUUGUCGUAUGAACGAUAGAAUUAGACAUGGAGAGUACCAGUACGUAGUCGAAAGUAUGAACAUCAGACAUCAACAUCGACACUCACAAAUGAUGCCGUGCUACCUCUAUCACGACGAGUAGACCAAGAUAAUUGAUGCGACAUUGAUAAAACUGCAAGACCCGCCAUUGCACCAUCUUCAAACACGCAGGUAGCAAAGGGCAUCACCAGCAACCUCUAGCACCGCCCGUUCCCCCGAACCGUGAUCGCAGUGCCUCGCCGCCCCCGGGAGGUGGUCCUGUAACGGACCAAAAGUGCGUCGAAAUCCAGGCACGAAAAGCGGCGGGUCUAUCCGCGACCACGAUAGAGAAGUACUCCGCGAACAGCACGGCAAAGGACCGACCGGCCCCGGCGACCAGUGUGUACCGAAGUCGCCGCCGCUUCAACGUCGCAAGUCGCAUUCACGAGACUCGCCAGGGCGAGCAUGCGCAGAGCAUCAACUACGACGACACCGGCAGUAGAAACUGAACGUCAGUAGAAACUGAAAUCUCUAGGAAAGUGCCUGGAUGCAGAUGCUGUUGUGGGUGUCGGCUUUCGUGGGGAGUCGACGUGAUUGAAUCAUCGUGCAGCUCUCCUGCUCUCAACAUCUCCAACGAACAGGAACCUCGUUGCGUACAAUGAUCGCGUCCCUGCGCCGGCGCGGACGCGUUCAUGAACUGAGUGUUGGUGGUGGCCCUGCGCGGACACCGCAACUGGAUUAUUUCGGAGGACGCACAACAAGAGGUAAAAGAGACUAGCUAGUGGCGAUUUGGGUUUUAGUGCGCACGUCGUCGGACGCUUGAUUUCUGAUGAGUCUCCUACUUCGAGAAAUGUAAUCGAAGAAAGCGAUGAAGGAGAAGAAAAUGAAAAUAGCUCAACAACUUCGGCGCCGCACCUGCAAUUGGUCAUUUUUACAAUGACUCUAUACGUUAAUGUACUACAACCUGAAUAUCUUUUUCUGCUCCAUCUACCUGAGCCUUUGAACCACCUCACUGGAAGAUGGUGAAUUUCCCAGUGGGGUUCCUGACACUAGCUAGAAAAGUAGCGUUUUCCAGCAGUUUCUUUCAGUUGCAGCUAACUAUGUACCAGAACUUGUCCUCCGAUUACCACCUUGUGGCGAUCUGUCAUCAGGAUAGCCUCGUUUGUCGAGGCGUCUUUUACCAAUGGAUGGUUGCGGUUGGUGAGACUGAGCUAUUUCUAUACCUAAAUCUUCUUGUUGCCAUGUUUCAAAUGUAACGAAAUUGUUGAUUGUGAUUGUGUCUGACGACGUGUUUCGAAU